UUCUUUACAAAGCAUGCAAAAAUGGACAUCCACAUAUUGACUGUUAUUGCAAUUGUUUUACUCGUUUCAAUCCUUUUGAUAUUCUUUACCUUCUUCGAUGUCCUUUAUUCUUUAUUCAUGCCUUCAACGGAGGCAAAGCCAAAAGUCAAAAAAGUUCAACAACAGAAAAAGGAUCAGAAACGAGAAAAGAAGCAACGUCAACGUGAUCAACACAAGGAUAAUGUUGAACAAGAUGAAUCCGAUGCACAUUCUGAACAACCAUCUGUUGAAGAAGAACCCCAGGGUCUCUCGAAAUUGCAUGUUGAAUUUGAGCCCGAACCAGAAGUUCUUACUUUUAAUGCAGAACAAUCUAGCAGGCGUGCUAGUAACUCGGAUAAAACAAAUACUAAACCGAAAUCUAAAAAAGAUAAAAAACAAGUCAAAUCUGGCAUCUUAGUCAAUAAAACUGAACCGGUUGCUGUCAAAACUCAUGCAGCCAUAGAGGAGCAAUUGAAUAACUUUGAACAGAAACCACCAAAGGAUGUACUCGAGCUUAAAAAGCAAGAGAAAAGUCAAAACAAUAAUAUUAUUAAAGAAGAUAGACAAGCUGUCAAAAAGGAGAAAACUAACAAGAAGGAAAAACAUAUUACAGAAAAGCCGACCACUGAACAGGCAGUGGAGUCUGCACCAAUUGUUGUUGCCAAAGAAGUUAAGCAACAAGAAGAAAAAACGCGUGUAGGUUCACCUAAAACCCAACAAACUGCUACAAAAAUAAAGCAAACCAAGAAACAACAAAAGGAGUCUUCAGCAAAUAAAGAAUUACUGCUAGCAUUGAAUAAAUUAUCUGACACCGACACUAUCGGUGUAUCGCUUUUGAUGAAUCUCUUCCGUCGUGCUGAACUCAAUCGCUCUGAAAUACAAAUAUUGAUUGACUACCUAUUAAAUAAACAACAAGAUAUGCCUUCGACACACUCUGAAUGGUCAGAUGAUAUAUGCCAAAAACUUAAACGGCAACUUGAAGAGAAGGAUCGUGCUUUGUCUGAACAGCAAGAAGCCUCCACUGGUUUGCAGGCCAAACUGCGUGAGAUACGCACAGAAAUCAACACAGAACGCGCUCAACUAAAUGCUACAGUCAAAGCAUAUACUGAUAAACUACAAAGCAAAGAGCAAGAGAUUGCUGCACUUAAUCAGGAACUACAAACUUUAAAUGAAAAAGUUACACUCGAACGUCAACAAUAUCAGGCCAAAUUGGUACAAGCAAAACAAGCUGGCUCCCAAGAUUUACUUACACAAUUGCAAAUGAUGCAAAAUGAGUUGGGACAUAAGGAUAAAAAUAUUGCUGAGUUAACAUGCAUGGUGAAUGCUUCACGUCAAGCAUUCGAAGAGUUACAACAGAAAAACGAUCUUAUACAGCAGCAGAGCCAACAAAUUAUAGCAUUGGAGCAGCAACGUGACGAACUUGAAGAAACCUCUAAUAAUCAGAUUUUCGAACUUGAGAAAAUAAAAACACUUGAGACCGAGAAUGCCGAAAGUAAAGUAGAGAUUUGUAAUUUACAAAAUGCUUUGGAAUCUGUUAAAGCCGAUUUGGCGCAGUCUAGUAAAGAUCUAGAAGAAGCAAAAUCAGAUUUAACUGAAACACUCAAUACUAAAUUAAAUGAAAAAGAAGUAGAAAUUCAAGCCAUCCAAGCUAAAAAUACUGAACUGGCUCAACAGCUCAGUAGCAAAACAACUGAACAAAGCUUGGAGCAGUCUGGCUUGGAGGAGAUAGUUGGUGCUUUAAAGGUAGAGUUAGCUGAAAAAGUGUCAGAGCUCAAGGGAUUAAGUGCCAAAAACUCAGAAUUAUCACAGAAGCUUGCUAGUGCAGGCGAAAAUACUCAAACUCAGCAACAACUAGUGUUGGAACUGCACAAACUUAUUGAAACAUUGAAGACUGAUGUUGCUGGCAAAAAUAAACGAUUGCAGGAUGCCGAGCAAAAUGUAUUGAAAGUUAGUAACCGCGAAAAGGAGCUGUUGCAACAGCUGAGUGAGCAGAAGGAGAAAAAUAAUGAUUUGCGUAUGAAAAACUGGAAGUUGGUUGAGGCUUUACAAAAUGCUGAAACAACAAUUAAAGACAAAAAUACUAUUUCAAGCGCAAAUGCGAAUUUAGUACAACAACAGCAACUUUUAGCUGCCACUACACAAAAACCCUCCGCCAAUUCUACAGAUUCUUCAUCAAAGGAUCAAAAACAAAUACGCGAAUUAUUCCAACGCUUGUACCCUGAAGCUGUUAAGGCAUCCGCAGCCUCAGCUCUAAGUACACCUUUCGAUCAAUGGAUUGAACAGGUCUUAACUACGCAUGUAAAACAAUCAAUAAGCAAAGCCAGUACCACCACAAGUAAUAGUAACAAAUCCACACAGUCCAACAGCACCAACAGCAAUAGCAAUCACAGUAAUUCUAUACAUAAUUCACACAAUAACAAUCUAACAAAUAGUGAAUUAGGAACAGUUAAUAAUAACAAUAAUGAAAACGAUAAUGAUAAUAGUAGAAUAAAUAAUAACAGCAGCUCAAGCAACUCAAGUAGUAGCGGUGAUAGCGCAGAAGUGCAAAAUUUGCAUAAACAAAAUGCUCAAUUGAGAUCACAAAUCGAUGAGUUAACAAAACUUGUCACAAAAACUAGCAACACAUUGUCAGAGUUGGAAGGACGUGCCCGCGAAACGGACGAACAUUGGCGCAGUAUAGUGCGCUCAAAGGAAGAGCAAAUUCUAGAGUUACAACAUUCAAACGGAGCCCAAGACAUUUAAUGUCGCAUAAUACGUAGUAGUAGCGGCGGAGCUAAC